AUGGGAAUACCUUCCUCCUAUUUAAGCCUGAUCCCACCGCCUCCCGUCACUCCGUACUCCCCUGAAGGCGGUCAUUAUUAUUCUUCCGCCCCCCCCGUCUUCCCCGGCCUGGACGUCAGGCCUCGACUGGGCUCCAAUAGCACAUCGAGCCCCUCGGGCAUGGCACAUGCCCCUCGGUCCACAACAUUGCCGCAUCCAGGAUCACACUUGGGUGCUGCGCGUGAUAUCUACGCGACAGGGACGCCCUCCUUCAACAGGCGCCAGCCAGAUCACCACUUUAUCCCGCGGUCCCCCUCCUUCCCUUCACGACGGCCUCACCUCUCGCCCACCAACAGCCCGGCCAGUUACGCCUCUCUCAAGAUGGACUCUGGAUUCGGGUCCAAGUCGCAGCAAAACAUCCCGCCACUGGGAAGUUUGACACAACACGGCCAUUUGUCAUAUGCUGACCAGAAUUCGACUCCCAUCAAGGUGGACAUCAACGGCAUCAUCGACAAGGGCUUUUUCCUGGCCGACAAUGAGUGGACCUGCUAUAGACGCAACUACUUCUCAUGCAUUUGCUCAUUCUCUCUGUCGCCCGUGCUCCCGCAUGCGGGCAUCCAGUUCCAGCCAACGGGAUCUACACAGGCGCACACAGUGUUCGGCUUCGCCAUGUGUAUUUCUGCGGUCGUGGCAGACAACGACAACCACUCCAUUGAGCUCGUCCAGCACACGCCCAAGCGAGACAAAGGGCCAAUCGCCAAGCCAGAGAAAGUCCGGCUCUCAGCAAAGCCGCAGCAGGCUACACACCAUCCACUCGCAUUGUACGGGCCAGACGGCGGCCUCGCAUCCUCCAGGCCCUACGAUCAAGGCUUUGGUGCUCCUCCGCAGAAUUCGGCUCCCACUGAACACACAUUUGAGCGUAUUCAGUUCAAGCAGGCCACGGCCAACAACGGCAAGAGGAGGGCUGCACAGCAAUACUAUCACCUUAUCGUGGAGCUGUGGGCAGAUGUUGGGCAGCAGCAGGGCUCGGACUCGUACAUUAAAGUUGCGCACAAAAAGUCUGCCAAGAUGAUCGUGCGUGGGCGCUCUCCUGGACACUACCAGCCCGAGAGGAGGGGAAGCACGAGCAGCGGGCCUGGAGGUUCUGGCGGCGGCAGUGUCGGUGGAGGCUUUCCGCCAGGACUGAUGGGCCCCGGUGGUGAAUAUUCUACUGGAUCAUCCAUACUCCAGGGAGGGUAUCCAUCGUACGACCCUCGCUCUAAUCCGUACGGCGGUACUCGACAUCACCACGAGCUCACCAUGGAGCCCAUGAUCUCGGCGGAUGAGGUCAAGGCCAUCGCCGAAACGAAGGGCUAUCAAUACUACCCUGCAACAAUCUAUGAGAGCGAACACGAUCCGAGACAUCACCAGCACCACCCAGUUGAACUCUUCACGCACUCGCGUCACGAUGCCUCGGACAGCGGGACCAACAGCUCCAUGAGUACAGGAUUCGACCCAGCCAAGGUGAAGCCUGAGAUGGAAGGGCUUCCAAGCAUCUUCUACCCACCACAGUCCUACUAUGCCAACAACCGCUGCAGCCGGUUCGAAGGCAAGCCGAGCUCGGCUGGACAUUACCCUACGCUCAUUCCACCGCCUUCUUCUUCUUCCGCAAUGAACAUGACGUGA